GCCAGUGGCUGCCCCUCUCUGGGCCUCUCUCCUGGUCCAGGGCUGCCAGGCUCAGCCCCAGCCCAGCCCCGCCUGGCUCCCGCUCUGCCUGGCUCGGCUCCAGAUGCAGGGCAGGGCUGUCACAUGCUGAGCCACGUGACAGGCAGCAGCUGGGGGCUCCAUCCCACACAGAGGGCAGGGCCCCCCGCAGCCCUGGACACGCACCCCAGCUAGCUGAAGCCUCCAGGAGCCACCGGGGCAGGCGUGGACCCGGAGACCUCUCCCGCCCUCCCAGGAUGGAGCCCCCCGAGGACACCCUGCGGCGGCUGCGGGAGGCCUUCCGCGCGGGCCGGACGCGACCUGCCGAGUUCCGGGCAGCGCAGCUGGAGGGCCUGGGCCGCUUCCUGCGGGACAACAAGCAGCUUCUGCAGGACGCGCUGGCGCAGGACCUGCGCAAGUCGGCCUUCGAGGCGGAGUUGUCUGAGAUCAGCAUCAGCCAGGGCGAGGUGAAGUUGGCUCUCAGGAACCUGCGGGCCUGGAUGAAGGACGAGAAAGUGCCCAAGAACCUGGCCACGCAGCUGGACUCGGCCUUCAUUCGGAAGGAGCCCUUCGGCCUGGUCCUCAUCAUCGCCCCCUGGAACUACCCCCUGAACCUGACGCUUGUGCCCCUCGUGGGUGCCCUGGCCGCAGGGAACUGUGUGGUACUGAAGCCAUCAGAGAUCAGCAAGCACAUGGAGAAGGUCCUGGCCGAGCUGCUGCCCCGAUACCUGGACCAGAGCUGCUUUGCUGUGGUGCUGGGCGGGCCCCAGGAGACGGGACAGCUGCUGGAGAACAAGUUCGACUACAUCUUCUUCACUGGGAGCCCUCGCGUUGGCAAGAUCGUCAUGGCUGCCGCGGCCAAGCACCUGACGCCUGUCACUCUGGAGCUGGGGGGCAAGAACCCCUGCUACGUGCACGACGACUGCAACCCCCAGACCGUGGCCAACCGCGUGGCCUGGUUCCGCUACUUUAAUGCCGGCCAGACCUGCGUGGCCCCUGACUAUGUGCUGUGCAGCCCCGAGAUGCAGGAGCGGCUGCUGCCCGCCCUGCAGGAUGCCAUCACCCGUUUCUAUGGCGACGACCCCCGUUGCUCCCCGGACUUCGGCCGCAUCAUCAGCGAGAAGCAUUUCCAGCGGCUGCAGGGCCUGCUGGGCUGCGGCCGGGUGGCCGUCGGCGGCCAGAGCGACGCGAGGGAGCGCUACAUCGCCCCCACGGUGCUGGUGGACGUGCAGGAGACGGAGCUGGUGAUGCAGGAGGAGAUCUUCGGGCCCAUCCUGCCCAUCGUGAACGUGAGGAGCCUGGAUGAGGCCAUCGACUUCAUCAACCAGCGGGAGAAGCCGCUGGCCCUCUACGCCUUCUCCAACAGCAGCCAGGUGGUGAAGCGGGUGCUGGCUGGCACCAGCAGCGGGGGCUUCUGCGGGAACGACGGCUUCAUGCACCUGAGCGUGAACUCGCUGCCCUUCGGCGGAGUGGGUGCCAGCGGGAUGGGGAGGUACCACGGCAAGUUCUCCUUCGACACCUUCUCCCACCACCGCGCCUGCCUGCUGCGCCCCCUGGGGCUGGAGAAGAUCUAUGCCCUCCGCUACCCCCCCUACUCGCCGCGCAACCUGAGGCUGCUGCUGACCGCCAUGGACGUCCGCAGCUGCAGCUGCACCCUGCUCUGAGCCCGCCUCGGGCGCCUGGCCCCGAGCACCCCCACAGGCUCGCUGCUGUGCGGUGGGGGCACGGCCUGGAGGCCAGGGCACGGGGGGGGGACUUGUCAAGGACCGGUGCCUGCCCUCCUCCCUCUGGGUCUUCCCUUCUCUUCUCAGGGAGCCCAGGAAACAGCAUGGUAACCUGCCCUCAACCCCCCAUGCCAACCAGGAGCCCUGGGAGCAGCGGGCAGGGGUGGGCACCUUGGAGCCACCCACUACCCUAUGGAGGGAGCAGCUGAGGGGCCGUGGGGUCUAGUCUAGGUCACUCCAGGGGACACCCUGACUGUUGCUGCCCUCUCUGGGCCUCGGUUUCCCCAGCAGUACGGUGGUAAGUGCUACCACCUGAGACUGUUAUGAGGCCUAAAUUGGGGGGCCAGCAUCAGGUUUAAUAAAUACAAGUUUCUGGCUCUGAA